GGCGCUGGCGGCGGCGGCUGCGCGGGGCAUGGUCCCCGGAUCCGAAGGCCCGGCCCGGGCCGGGGGCCUGGUGGCCGACGUGGUGUUCGUGAUCGAGGGGACAGCAAACCUGGGGCCGUACUUCGAGGGGCUCCGCAAGCACUACCUGCUGCCCGCCAUAGAGUACUUCAACGGGGGCCCACCCGCGGAGACGGACUUCGGGGGAGACUAUGGCGGGACCCAGUACAGCCUUGUGGUGUUCAACACAGUGGACUGCGCUCCAGAGUCCUACGUACAAUGUCAUGCUCCUACCAGCAGCGCCUAUGAGUUUGUCACCUGGCUCGAUGGCAUCAAGUUCAUGGGCGGCGGUGGUGAGAGCUGCAGCCUCAUUGCGGAAGGUCUGAGCACGGCCCUGCAGCUGUUUGAUGACUUCAAGAAGAUGCGGGAGCAGAUUGGCCAGACACACCGAGUCUGUCUCCUCAUCUGCAACUCACCCCCAUACCUGCUGCCUGCUGUGGAGAGCACCACCUACUCGGGCUGUACGACGGAGAGCUUGGUGCAGAAGAUAGGAGAGCGUGGUAUCCACUUCUCAGUCGUUUCUCCGAGAAAGCUGCCAGCCCUCCGGCUUCUGUUCGAGAAGGCAGCUCCUCCUACCUUGAUAGAGCCGUUGCAGCCACUAGUAGAUGUAAGCCAGGACCCGAGGCACAUGGUGCUCGUGCGAGGCCUUGUGCUGCCUGUUGGUGGCGGCUCAACCCCAGGCUCUCUGCAGCCCAAGCAAACAGUCCCCCUGCCACCAGCUCCAACCUCAGCUGCCACACUCUCAGCAGCGCCGCAGCAGGCUCUUCCCCCUGUCCCACCGCAGUACCAGGUGCCUGGGAACCUCAGCGCUGCGCAGGUGGCAGCUCAGAAUGCUGUGGAGGCCGCCAAGAACCAGAAGGCUGUGCUGAGCCGUUUCCCAUCCAUGAACCCUCUGCAGCAAGCUGCUUCAGGAGUGGGGCCCCCCUUCAGCCAGGCCCCGGCACCCCCACUGGCUCCUGGGCCCCCUGGAGCCCCCAAGCCACCUCCUGCUUCACAGCCUAGCCUAGUCUCCACUGUGGCCCCUGGACCAGGCCUGGCACCCCCUGCACAGCCGGGGGCUCCAUCUAUGCAGGCAGGCACUGUGGCCCCAGGUGGGGUCAGUGGUCCUUCACCAGCCCAGCUUGGGGCCCCUGCGCUUGGUGGGCAGCAGUCAGUGUCCAACAAGCUCCUGGCCUGGAGCGGGGUUCUCGAGUGGCAGGAGAAACCCAAGCCUGCGUCCGUGGAUGCCAACACCAAGCUGACAAGGUCGCUGCCUUGCCAGGUCUACGUGAACCAUGGAGAAAACCUGAAGGCUGAGCAGUGGCCGCAGAAGCUGAUCAUGCAGCUCAUCCCGCAGCAGCUGCUGACCACCCUGGGCCCACUGUUCCGAAACUCAAGAAUGGUCCAGUUUCACUUUACCAACAAGGACCUGGAGUCCCUCAAAGGCCUCUACCGCAUCAUGGGGAACGGCUUUGCGGGCUGCGUGCACUUCCCACAUACGGCGCCCUGUGAGGUGCGCGUGCUCAUGCUCCUGUACUCGUCCAAGAAGAAGAUCUUCAUGGGCCUCAUCCCCUAUGACCAGAGUGGCUUCGUCAACGGCAUCCGCCAGGUCAUCACCAACCACAAGCAGGUCCAGCAGCAGAAGCUGGAGCAGCAACGCGGGAUGGGGGCACAGCAGGCACCUCCAGGCCUGGGCCCCAUUUUGGAGGACCAAGCGAGGCCCCCGCAGAAUCUACUACAGCUCCGCGCACCGCAGCCCCAGCCUCCAGGUGCUGUGGGAGCCUCUGCAGCUACCGGGCAGCCCCAGCCACAAGGCACUACCCAGGCCCCCACAGGGGCACCCCAAGGUCCUCCUGGAACAGCUCCUGGCCCACCUUCUGGACCCAUUCUUCGGCCCCAGAACCCUGGGGCCAACCCCCAGCUGCGGAGUCUCCUCCUUAACCCAGCACCGCCCCAGCCUGGGGUACCCCCACCCCAGGCCUCCCUCCAUCACAUGCAGCCUCCAGGCGCCUCUGCACUACUGCCAGCACCACAUCAGAGCUUGGGGCAGCCCCAGCUGGGCCCACAGCUCCUGCACCCCCCAACUGCGCAGCCUUGGCCCACACAGCUUCCCCAGCGGGCUCCACUGCCAGUGGCCAAACGAAGGAGAGAAGGAGAGGGCCGCGUGUUUCGAGAAAAAUGGGAGCGAGACUAUUUCUUUGUGGAAGUGAAGAGCAUGCCUACGUGCUUAAUAUGCAAAAAGAACGUGUCAGUCCUCAAAGAGUACAACCUGAAACGCCACUAUGAGUCCCAGCACAGUAGGAGCUACAGCCAGUACACAGCGCAGAGCCGCGACAGGCUCCUGCAGGAGCUGAAAAGGGCCCUCAGAGCCAGCGAGGCCCUCGAGAGCCACGAGUAGGAGCCAUGGGGUGAUGUGGAACGAGCUCCCGGGU